AUGACACAGGUGAAACAAGGGCAGGGAAUCCUUGACAUCAUCACCACCACCACUUUCUUCGACAACACGGCAAGAGGACGUCCAGAAGAGAGCCGUAAGGAGCGGGUGCUGGUGAUGCAGAAGUCUGGAACUCCUUCUUCAGAGAGUUACGCCCGGCUGGUCAAGCCCUUCCCUAGGCUAGGAUCCUUCACCAUCUGCUACAGGAUCAUGCUUUUAAGGUUUAGGGAGGAGUCGACGCUUAUAUCCUACGCCAGUUCUAGCGACGAGGACAAUGGAUUAAGGAUCGGUGAGAGGAGGUCUUACUGGACCUUGUAUGUGUACAUGGAUAGAAGUGUAGCAUCCUACAGAUUUACUCGCUCCUGGGCAACAUUUCUGCUUCACCACCAAAAUUACACCUCCUCUUGGGCCAUGUACCUGGAUGGCCAGUUAGGCUCCAGUGGCACCUUCCUUGGCCAUUCCUCUCCCCUCCAGGCUGGGGGAGCCUUCAUUAUAGGGCAAGAGCAGGAUUUUCUGGGAGGAGGUUUCCAGAGAGACCAGAGCUUCUCUGGUAUGUUCUCUCAACUCAGCAUCUGGGAUGGGGUCCUCGACCCCCACACCAUACGUCAGGUGUGGUUGUGCGAGGAACAACGGCCGGGUAACCAGUUGUCGUGGUCGUCGUCUUCAGCUGAGUCUUGGAAGAUCCAUGGAGAGGUCACCUGGGAGACGAUGUCACCAUCUGAUCUCUGUCGUGCCACCUCGAGAUAUCUGGUGGUCUUCCCUGAUCGCUUCACCCUCGGCCAGGCCAAACACCUUUGUAAUGUGGUGGGUGGGCAGGUGCUAGUACCAGCCAAUCAGCAGGAGAACUCGUGGGUGUACGAAAGCACACAGAAGGUGGCUGCUCGCUGUUCUGGGGGCGAGGGUGCCUCAUACCUGUGGCUGGGCGCUGCUGAUGCUGCCCAGGAGCGCCUCUGGACUUACCUGGGCACGGGCCUGCCCAUCAAGUGGGAGGGACCCUGGAGGGGCGGCGGACCCAACGGAGGCACACAGGAGAACUGUCUGGUGAUGCUCUACGGCGACUUCCCAGCACUCUGGUCCGACAUCGCAUGUCUCGAGUCUUACUCCUUCUGUGCGCCCUGUGAGUUCACGCAGCUGGAGACUAUGUACCUGAAAGGCCCCGCCCUAUGUAAUACCUCACCUUUCAACUAUCAGUACCUGCUAGGCGGUCAACUUGGCGACGGCCGCCCCUCUCUCACAGGCUUCUACCACUCAGACAUCUUCUGGGAGAACAACACUUGGUAUCUCCAGUCUCUCAAGGAUCGUGAGGCAAAAGCGUGGUGGACUCCAGGGCGUGAGGGCAUGUACCCAUUCGGGACGCGGCCCUGGACGCUGGGUGUGGACGUGUGUGGCUUGAGUCCUGGCACUGUGGUAAACCUGACACUCUCUGCCUGCCGCGAGGGGCAGUUUACCUGUGUCGACGGCUCCUGCAUUGACCUAACGAAGCGCUGCGACCUGCGCAUUGACUGUAAAGAUGAAAGCGACGAAGCAGAGUGCUCCUUACUGGAUAUUCCUCUUGGGUACCGCACCGUCAUCCCACCUCCGCCAGUGAACGGGUCCCAGUCACUCGAAGUCUCUUUCAGUAUCAAAAUCAUCGCUUUCCCUAAAAUUGCAACCCAAGACUUGGUUUUUACUGUCACAUUCCUUCUAUGUCUCCGCUGGAAGGACAUCCGUCUCAACUUCCAUAACCUGAAGAAGGAUAGAACUCUGAACCUCCUGUCGAGGGAGUCCGUUCAGGAUAUCUGGACGCCCCUUGUGUUCUUCAGCAACGCCCAGGGAAACGUGUUUACAAACCACGAACUGGGGUCUCGGGUUGAGUGUGUUCGCGAGGGUCCCUCUCGGCCAGGACCUCGACACCUGCCUGACGAAGUGAACGUGUUCUCGGGGCACGAGAACAGCCUGGAGAUGAGGCAACUGUACACCUCCUCUUACAGUUGCGAUUUCGACUUAAUACGAUUCCCGUUCGAUUCUCAGUGCAGCAGACGCAGACAUGACAAACUAACUGAGCGUGAUGAACCUACCACAGGAGAGGUGAACAUGGAGAGGACACACAAGGGAGAGCAGGAGUUCUCCAGCAUGCAAGUGGAGGUGAAAUUCAUCCGUCGCUACAACUUCUACCUACUCACCCUCUACAUCCCCACCACCCUUCUCAUCUUCAUCGCCUACGCCACCUUCUUCUUCAACCCUGAUGACUUCAACUCCCGUAUCACAGUGGCCAUCACCUCCCUCCUGGUGCUCACCUCCCUCUUCACACAGACGUCGAACGCCCUGCCCAAGACGUCUUACUUCAAGCUGAUCGAUGUCUGGCUCUUCUUUUCCAUCGUCAUCAUCUUCUUGGUCAUCUUACUGCAGACCCUUGUCAACUUCUCCAAACCUGCUGCCACACCUCGCACACAUGUCACACACCAUCCAUGGCUCACCAGGCUUGCAAGCAAAUUGAUGUACGGGUCUACGAGGCCACUACAAGUAUCAACCACGGUCGCCACAAGACCUGAAGGAGGGGAGGAGGUGACAUCCCUCAGACGGGACCACAACGACCAGACGACAACAUACGACCAGGAGAGUGACACCGUCCUUAGCUACACCAAAAACGACUCUUCCGGCAUCCCGCAAACUCGCCCCUAUUUCCAUAAGAGGGAGACCACCCGUUUCGAACGCCCAAGCUUGCGUCAGCGAGACAGCCAGGUGGAAGACAGACGCAAAACAGACGCGGAGAACAGCCUAGGUCAUAGGGAACGACAGCAGCGCUCUAUAUUUGGAUCUUGGUUUACUGCGGACACUCAGAACGGUGUCAACAUGUCCCUGAUGGUGAAGAGCAGGGUGCUACUUCCCAUCAUCUUCGUGGUGUUCAAUAUGUGCUACUGGGGCAUAGCCUUCAGUAACAGCAACGCCAGCUCUGCUGGAACGAAACAGAUUUAGCAUUUAUAGCUAAUGAACUCAUAAUGGGUAAUUGGUGAUAUUCUCAUUACCCUAUUGAAAUCUCCCAGCCUAUCCUGACAGAUUUCAUUAUCAUAUGCAUGUAACUCAUCCUAUAUGAAGGAAUUUGACUGGAAACAUAACUAAGUUUUUGUCCCGCAAUGUCAAUAUCACGCAGAAUUGGAUAGUCGCACACUGCGGAUGUUCGCACAACGUAACUAUCACAUGAAAUAGGCUAGAUAUUCACUGCGUAUGUUGCGAUAACUGUCAGAUAGAAAUGAGAAGCCGCAAACUUCAGGUGAAUCCAAACUUGUUCAUAAAAAUAAAUGGUAUGGUUGCAUGUCCCACAAACCUCGGCCUCUCUACCUCAGUUCAAGCAAAAAUAAGAGUACAAAUCACGGCAUACAUUUCUAAUGCCGUUAAAUGUCAGCUUUGAAAAAAUGAAUCGAAUCAGAAGAAACAUUCACAAAUUAUCGCAUGGAAACUAGUGUCCCGUUUAAAUAUUGUUUUUAAUAAAAAUUGCAAAAUUGGCACUACACUGCCCUUGUAAAAUGAAACCGCUUGUGCGAUUUAAGAAUUUUCAUGAAAAUGACUCCUUCC